AGCAUUUGGCUUAGAUUGACUCUCAGAUUCACCAUCUGACGGCGCGGCAGAUUGGGUUGCCAGAUUUAUCCAGGAUUGAGUUGGACAUCUUCCGGAAAGUCCGAGGCAUCAGGGUCACCAGGGACUUGCGAUGACUUUUUUUGGACCUGCAAAAUUGAUUUACUGUACAUGUACCACGGCACAAGGCGGAAGUUGAUAGGAAAACUUUUUGGGAGAGGUGAGUUGCUGUGAUUUCCCCACUCCAUAUCCGCUGCUUACAGUAGCGAGUAUGUAUCUUUUGAUCUCUUUUGUCACCGCUGUUUGAGACACGCUAAUCACAUCUAAUCACGUCACAUGAUUGUGUAUUCCUCUGUAGUGAUUCCAUAUGCAUUCUUCUUGUUUAUGUCAGAGCUUGGAGUUGCGACAAUGCCCACGCAUGCAGCGCUCUGGUCCUGCUGCUCCUACAGUUGUCUUCCAUCGCUCCAUUUGUUCCUGGAUUUGAGCACUUCAACUUCAGACAAUGGCUCCCAUGGAGGAGGCGAAAUCUCGCUGCUUCAACUUCAGCGCUGGCCCCGCGAUGCUACCGGACCUUGUUCUGGACAAAAUCGUGGAGGAGCUUGGUGACUAUGAGGGCUUGGGCAUGAGCAUAUUGGAAAUGGGGCACCGAGACGCAGGUGGACCGGUUCAGCAAGUCUUGCAGGAGGCGACCGACUGUGUUCGGCACUUGCUACGGGUUCCGGCGAACUACGCGGUGAUUUGGCAACAGGGUGGUGCCCACGGACAGUUUGCGGCUGUGCCCUUAAACCUUCUUGGUGACAAGACACAGGCCGAUUAUGUUGAUACGGGGGUGUGGUCCAAGAGGGCGAUGAAUGAAGCCGGAAAAUUUUGCACCACGCGAAUUUGUGCAGAAGUGCGGGAGAGGCAGGGGAAAACGGAAGUCCCACCGGUGUCAGAAUGGGAUUUGUUUGACAAAUCUGCCUAUGUACAUAUUUGUGCAAAUGAUACGAUUAGUGGAGUGGAAUUCCUUGAGGAUCCAGAUGUCGGUGAUCGACUCCUUGUGGCAGACUUUACCUCGACCUUGCUGUCGAGACCGGUGAACAUCUCAAGAUAUGCUGCGCUGUACUGCUCUUCGGGGAAGAAUUUGGGGCCAGCAGGCGUCUGCCUUGUCAUCGUUCGCCGCGACCUUCUGGACAUGGCUUUGCCACAGACUCCAAUGAUUUUGCAUUGGAAAGCAUCAGCUGACACUUCACCCGUCGCAUCACUGGUGAACACGCCGCCAGUGUUCGCGAUCUAUGCUUGUGGCCAUGUUCUCAAGGGGCUGCGCAGGUCCUUCGGCGACUGCGGUACCCUGGAGACCGUCAGGCAACGGGUCACGCGCAGAGCGGAUGAUGCCACUUGGCCAGGCAACGGGAGCCAGCGGAAAGGGCCUCGCUUCAGAACGCGCCUGGACGCAUCGCUUCAGAACGCGCCUAGACGCAUCGCUUCAGAACGCGCCUAG